AUGGCUGGGAACCUCGGAUGCGUGAUCGUGGCCGUUGAUGGCAGCGAGGAGAGCAUGAACGCCUUGAGCUGGGCCCUCGACAACCUCAAGCUCCGAUCCCCUGCCCCCGACUCCACCACCUCCGCAGGCCACUUCGUCGUCCUCCACGUCCAAUCUCCGCCGUCCAUCGCCGCCGGCCUCAGCCCCCCCGCCAUUCCUUUCGGUGGGCCCAGCGACGUGGAGGUGCCUGCGUUCAACGCUGCGAUCGAGGCGCACCAGAGGCGAAUCACGGAGGCCAUAAUGGAAUACGCUUUGAGGAUUUGUUCCGAGAAGAAGGUGAAUGUGAAAACCCAAGUGGUUGUUGGGGAUCCGAAGGAGAAAAUUGGUGAAGCUGCUGAGAAUUUGCAUGCUGAUUUGCUUGUCAUGGGGUCCAGAGCUUUUGGUCCUCUAAAAAGGAGCCAUAUAACUAGUCUAGAGCUACUACUUGAACAUGGUGGAGCCAAGAGUACUGCUGAAGGAGGGACCUUGAGGUCUUUGAGAACCAUAGGCAGGAGGGUUCCAGCUGGGUUAUCAAAGGGUCAUAGAAUAAAUGUCUGA